GUUGCGGAGGCGUCGAGCCAGUCCGAGACCGGCGCCCCGCGCGCUCCCGCGUCCUCUUGCCGCACGAUAUAGGCGCUAUUAAGUACAAUCUUAAACUAUACACUUUUAUUAUCAAACAAGAAAAAAUCGCCUACAAGUGUUAUUAUUGUCCAGACCAAUAAACUUUAAAUGGAAGAAAAAGUGCAAGAAGUGUAUUUAGUGUCUCUAUAUAACAUAAAAAAACACGAGAUAGUUUAAUAGCGCGAAUGCCACGGUCCACAACCUACGCAGCCGGCGGCGUCCCCCUCUUUCGUUCAUUCAAGGACCAAUAGUCGACCGCAUGCUGUUUGGGCUUUCUCAAGAGCUCUAUAUCCCAAUUUGGUGCCAAUUUGAACACAAUCGUCAGAGAAGCAUAGGAACAAUGAAUUGAGUAAUGAGGUGAUAGCAAAUCUGUUUCAAUAACAAUGUCAAUCAAUCCGAACAUAGGCCAGUUUAGUAAACAGAAGCAACAACUAGGUAAACAAGGUUCAGAACUGGUUAACUUUCCACCACGAUAUCAUCCGCCUCCGCCAGCGGCAAGUGUUCCCAAUAUAGCCACUGUUGACUCGACCACUAAAGAGUUUAAACCUCCAUACGGUAAACCCAUCGAUCCGAGCAAAUUACAUUAUCCGCUAGGAGCGCACGGUGGAAUACCGGGUGCAUAUCCUAGCGGAUCGAUCCCGUUUGGAGCAUAUCCACAAGGCUACCCCGCAGGAUAUCCUUUACCGCCAGGUGCACUUCGUGUAUUGCGCCCUUCAGCUGAAGUAAUAACAAAGGCUAUUGUACACGAACCUGUGGAGCCUACAACUCGAGCAAGAAGUGCCGACGAUACUCAACGAACCCAAAGGAAUAUAGAAGAGGAGCAGAUACAUAGAAGAUCCGCCGACAUGCUCAAAUUUACAAAACGAGUUGAAAGUGAUGGCCCGCGAGCAUCGACAGAUCAAAGGCGUCAAAUUCAAACGCUCUUAGACGAAAUAAAGGCACUGAAAGAAGCUAAUCGACGUCUGAGCGAGGACAAUCGAGAACUUCGUGAUUUGUGUUGUUUUUUAGAUGAUGACCGACAGAAGGGACGUAAAUUAGCUCGAGAGUGGCAACGAUUUGGCAGGUAUACAGCAUCUGUAAUGCGUCAAGAAGUGUCAGCAUACCAGAAUAAAUUAAAAGAAUUGGACGAAAAGCAACAGGAAUUAAUUCGUGAUAAUUUACAGAUGAAAAAUUUAUUUUUAUUGUUGGAUGAAGAGCAUGAGAGAAGCACCUGUAUGAAUUGUGGCAGGGCAGCUGGAAGGGAGAGGGACGACGGUGACGGCAGUAGCAGUAGUACAAAUGCCGAGGAAGUUUCGCGAGCCCCAACGUCUGUUCCUAUUACUCAUCCUCAACUUGCAGAACGCACUGUGCAAUAUGUACGAGAUUUGGAGCAAAAAGUACGAAAACUCGAGGCAGAAAAAGGAAUAGGCGGAGGAGUUAGCGAAAGACCUGAGGCUGUAGUUCGUGCAUUACAAGUAUUAGAAGUAAGAGAACGAGUGGAAAGGGAAAGAAGAAGACCAGCGCCAGAUUUAGACACUGGAGAACAGGCAUUAGUGAGGGAAAUGUGUAAUGUGGUGUGGGGUAAGUUAGAAGAGGCGCCACCGCAAGCACCACCGCGUUGAAUUAAUUGGGGUAUUAAAAAUAUAGCUAUUCAUUGGUAACUAUCUAAGGAUAAAGUAAUGAAUGAACAGUGAACACCGUACUACACGUUUAUUUGUUUGGAAUUUGACUUGAUCGAGGUCAUGACAAGUUUCGUGGUCUAAAGAAUCACUUACGUGUUUGACCUUGUUUAUCAAUACUCUAAUAUAACAGAACUUUCGGUACCUAAGUAUAGGGCCCAGAAAGUAGAAGAAAUAUUUAAAGAAUAUCAUUCAACAUGGAAUAUGUGUUUGAUUAUACAUAAAUACCGUACAGUACAAAUGAAAUAAGAAAUUAGUUUGUAGACAUGUAGAUUUUAGUUUUAAUGACUUCACGAAUUUCUAAUUUAGACAUUCAAAAUGCUUAUGGAAUAGUAAAAUAUUUAUUUAUACCAACGGUAACAGAAUUUAUUAAAAAAGAAAUUUAUAUUAUUUCGUUUACAUAAAUUUUAUGAUUGGGUUAUCCAUACAUGAGGCUAUACAAAUUUAUUAAUAAUCGUUAUAAUAACAUCUGUGAUUUUUCGGAUAAACUUUGUAUUAAAUGUAUUAUUAUUAUUUUAGCUAUUUUCAACUAAUUUAAUGUCACAGAAUAUAUAAAUAAUCUGGUAAUGCUGGUAAUGUUUAUGUUUUCUACUGUUUGUGUUAUGUAAUACUUAAAAUACUAUUCCUUUGAUGUGAAUUAUAUUUUAUGUUGUAAUUAAUGAUAGUGCCAAGAAAUGAAUUAAAUUAUUUAAAUUUAUUUACCAGUCGAUCGUUAGAGAUUCUUUUUAUGCAGUAUACUUUUUGAGAUUGUAUAGAAUAAGUAGUAGAAAGUACUAAAUAUUUAAUCUGUGGUUGUAGUAUACUGUUGAAAAAUGACCACUAAUAUC